GGGGCGCGUGGAGGGGAGGCGGCGCGGUCCGCGGGCACAGGCGCCGGUGCGCAAGGCGCGGGCCUCCUUGCCGCCAAGGCCGGGAGACAAAAGGGAAACUGCCUGUGUUCGCCGUGCGGGCUGGGAGCAGCCUGCUCGUCCGCCUCCUGCCCGGCUCCGCGAGUCUCCUCCCCCAUCCCUCGGCUGCUGCUCCUCCUCCCUCCCCGCGGGCUGUUCCCGCAGUGCUCCGGGACCCGGCGAGCCUUCGGGGCGCGCGUCGCUGCUGGUGGUUGGGGCUGUAGCGAUAAUAAAUGAUAGAGGAUACCAUGACUUUGCUGUCUCUGCUGGGUCGCAUCAUGCGCUACUUCUUGCUGAGACCCGAGACGCUCUUCCUGCUGUGCAUCAGCUUGGCACUGUGGAGUUACUUCUUCCACACGGACGAGGUGAAGACCAUCGUCAAGUCCAGCCGGGACGCCGUGAAGAUGGUGAAGGGCAAGGUGGCCGAGAUCAUGCAGAACGAUCGGCUCGGGGGGCUCGACGUCCUAGAGGCCGAGUUUUCCAAGACCUGGGAGUUUAAGAGCCACAACGUGGCUGUGUAUUCCAUCCAGGGCCGGAGAGACCACAUGGAGGACCGAUUUGAAGUUCUUACGGACCUAGCCAACAAGACGCACCCGUCCAUUUUCGGGAUCUUUGACGGACACGGGGGUGAGACUGCAGCUGAAUAUGUAAAAUCGAGACUCCCAGAGGCCCUUAAACAGCAUCUUCAGGACUACGAGAAGGACAAAGAAAAUAGUGUUCUGUCUUACCAGACCAUCCUUGAACAGCAGAUUCUGUCAAUUGACCGAGAAAUGCUAGAAAAAUUGACUGUAUCCUAUGAUGAAGCAGGUACAACGUGUCUGAUUGCUCUACUAUCAGAUAAGGACCUCACGGUGGCCAAUGUGGGUGACUCGAGAGGGGUCCUGUGUGACAAGGACGGGAACGCCAUUCCUCUGUCUCAUGAUCACAAGCCUUACCAACUGAAGGAGAGAAAGAGAAUAAAGAGAGCUGGUGGUUUUAUCAGUUUCAAUGGCUCCUGGAGGGUCCAGGGAAUCCUGGCCAUGUCUCGGUCCCUGGGGGAUUAUCCGCUGAAAAAUCUCAAUGUGGUCAUCCCAGACCCAGAUAUCCUGACCUUUGACCUGGACAAGCUUCAGCCCGAGUUCAUGAUCUUGGCAUCAGAUGGCCUCUGGGAUGCUUUCAGCAAUGAAGAAGCUGUUCGAUUCAUCAAGGAGCGCUUGGAUGAACCUCACUUUGGGGCUAAGAGCAUAGUUUUACAGUCAUUUUACAGAGGCUGCCCUGACAAUAUAACGGUCAUGGUGGUGAAGUUCAGGAAUAGCAGCAAAACGGAAGAGCAGUGAACCCUUCCGGGUCUUGGCUUCCCUUGCCUAAAGGACUCUCAACACACUGGUCUCUUCUAAUGUAGUGAAAACGUGGGAGUUACAGUUAGGAUCAGCCACCUAGACGUGGGAUUCCCCGCCCUGGUGGGCAUAGGUCUAUAUGCAGUAAUGAACAGAGGGUGCUCUUGGCCCACGUAGCUGAGAGGCUGGAAAAUGGUUUCUUCAUGUGUUCCCAAUUCUUUCCUCCGAUGUUCAAAAUAUAUAAAUAUAUAGCUGUA